ACAUGGCCUGGAAAUGGACACCACCUCUGCUGCUUCUGGCCUGGAUAGCCUCCAUGUGCAGUGCCAGGGACAGGACAGAUCUGAUCAAUGUCUGUAUGGACGCCAAACACCACAAGACAAAGCCAGGCCCUGAGGACAAGCUGCAUGACCAGUGCAGUCCCUGGAAGAAGAAUGCCUGCUGCUCCGUCAGCACCAGCCAGGAGCUGCACAGGGACACCUCCCUCCUGUAUAACUUUAACUGGGACCACUGUGGCCAGAUGGAGCCCGCCUGCAAGCGCCACUUCAUCCAGGACACAUGCUUGUAUGAGUGCUCCCCCAACCUGGGGCCCUGGAUCCAGCAGGUAGACCAGAGCUGGCGCAAAGAACGUUUCCUGGAUGUGCCCCUGUGCAAAGAGGACUGUCAGAGCUGGUGGGAAGCCUGCCGCACCUCCUACACUUGCAAGAGCGACUGGCAUAAGGGCUGGAACUGGACCUCAGGAUCUAACAAGUGUCCAGUUGAGGCCGUCUGCCGCACAUUUGAGUCCUACUUCCCCACGCCUGCAGCCCUGUGUGAGGGCCUCUGGAGUCACUCUUACAAAGUCAGCCAAUACAGCAGAGGGAGCGGCCGCUGCAUCCAGAUGUGGUUUGACCCAGCCCAGGGUAACCCCAAUGAGGAGGUGGCGAGGUUCUAUGCCUUGGCGAUGAAAGCCAGGGCCAUGCCCCACAGGGCUGGGCCUCUCCUGCUCAGCCUGGCCCUGAUGCUGCAACUCUGGCUUCUUGGCUGAGUCCAGCUCUCCGCAAACAACCAGGCUGGGCUCAGCUUACUUUCACAAAUGAGGGAGCCCUAAGCAUGUCUCCAUCGAUUACCCAUCCCUCUAUUAUCCAAUUCCUACUCCAUGAUGGGACUUGAGGUUUCUCUGACAGCUAGUUCUA